UAAAUAAAGUUAUUUCAAUUCAAACAAAAUGGCAGCGCCCUGUGGUCCACCCGUGUUGUUGGACUAGCUAAUAAUGUGCACGGAGCACCAAUUUAAAAAGAAAAGAAAACGUUUUAAAAAGCAGACGAGUUAUGGCCACUCCGAGAAAGCCAGGUAAAAAGGAAAUCAAAAAGUAUAUUCCAGUCAAGACCUCCUUUACUUCACCAUUCAGUCCAAAAUGGGGUGAACUUCCUCAAGAAGACAUGCAUUUCAUCCUGAAAACCCUGAAGGACAAGCUGGGUUCCACUGGACUUGAGAAAAAAGAGGUGAAAGUGUUUCGCCCGUGGAGGAAAAAGAAUGAUCUGACACCUUCUACCCCAUCAGAACUUGUUCUUAAGGGGAGCCAGGAUGGACAGGUGCAGGAUUCUCCCAAAAACGGCUGGACAGAUGUGGCAACUAGGAGACAACUGUCCAUUGGCAUCAACGAGGUCACCAAAGCUCUGGAGAGGAAUGAGCUCAGACUGUUGCUUGUGUGCAAGUCUGUCAAGCCAAAACACAUGACGGAUCACCUGAUAGCGCUGAGCGCAUCCAGAGGUGUGCCGGCCUGCCAGGUGCCUCGUCUGAGCCAGAGUGUGUCGGAGCUGCUGGGGCUGAAAAGUGUCCUCGCUCUGGGAUUCAGACAGUGUGCCUCCAAAGAGGACGAGGUGUUCACUGACACUGUUGAUGCCAUUACACCCAGAGUGCCCCCACUGGAUCUCGCAUGGUUACAAAGUGCAGCACCCAGAGUAACACCUCGAGACCCCGUUGACAUGGAAGAGGAGGAGGAGGAAGUUGGUGAGAAGAAGGGUCAGAAAAGAAAACUUGAGAGUGAAUCUCAGGUGGUUUCAGGAUCUCCCUCUUCCUGCACUCUGCAGCCUCUCAAAGUAAAAAAAAUAGUUGCUAACCCUGCAAAGAAAAGAAAAAAGGUUAAGCCAGUAAAAUGAAACCGAGACUCUGCCUAGAUAUUCAAAGGACCAUUCCUAUGUUUUUGCAUUUUUUUUGCCCACUAGUUUCCAAUGAUUUAUUUUGGUUUUUGACAACCUAAAAAGAGGCGGUCUGCUUAUGACCCUUUGUCACAGGUUACUGACUCAGUGUGGACAUGAUUAAAUUUUUUUCUUUCUCAGGUUGAUCUCUUUAGGUAGGCCUACUUUUACAGGCCUCAAGAGUGCAAAAUAAAUUGUAUUUCACUUCCUGACCCUCAAGUUUUAGCUCAUUCAUUUUAAAUUAGCAAAUCAGUGUUUAGUUUUGUGACUGCAUUUUUUUCCAGCAUAUUGGACAGGGAUUUAAAACUUGGUUGAGAUAGGUGCAGUGUGUAUUUUAUUACAGUGAACUAGAGCUGAAAUACCUAAGCAAUUAGUCAAUCGUCAGGAUAUUCUGGUUUAAGCUUCUUCAACGUGAGUUUCUGUAGCAGUUUUAAUAUGUCACCCUUGGUUUACUACACAAAUCCCUUUUUUCAUUGACCAAGCAAUCAAGAACGUAAUGGGCGGAAUAUAAUUUAGUUUCAGCCAUACAUUUAACACCAUGUCAACUCAUUUGUGUCAGUUAUGUUAGUAUUGCAUGGUAUAGCAGUUGACUACCUUUCAAAGUCAAACAAAACAUCAAAACCGAAAAAUAUGAAUUUAAUUCUUUUAAAAAUAGAAGCAUU